ACAACUGUUCAAAGGAAGUGGUUUAUUAUUCAGCAGAAGAGAGCCCAUCAGACAUGUCUAUACAGUGGCCUAACUGGUUCUGACAUUUGCACAAUAUGAUUUAUCUGAGUGGAUGACUGUAAGUUACUGAGAAAUUAACCAGUUUGUGCAAUAAGAGAGGAAAAAAAAGUUAGUCACCACUGUAAAUACACAGUGAGGGGAAACGCCAUGCUGUUGGCUCAGGGACCCUUAAAGUGAAUUUUAUCCGUCAGACAGCAGGCUGUGUGUACGGUGUGUACAGGUGAGGUGAACCCGCCUCCCGUGUCGGCUCGGCUGGUGUCGGUAUCCGAGGAAUGCCUGCAGAAAGCGGCGUUUGAGCUCCGGAGCCCGGGGCGGGGAAAGGGAGAGCUCAGGAAAACUUGUGGGAACUCGUCCCUGACACCGCACUGCGCAGGGCGAGGAGGAGAGGAGAGGAGAGGCACAACAGAGGAAGAAGGCUGUAACUUAACUUCACCCUGCUGUUAUUUGUGUUAGUGUGGACCGCAGACCGAGGAAAAAAAAAAAAAAUGUCCCGGACGAGUGGUUUGUGAGGGGCACUGACAGCAAGAGGAGGAGUGUCAGCGCAUACCUCAGCCAGCUGAAGGUGUUUGGUGGUCGGAGAGAGAUGGACUCCCUGAAGAAGGAGCUGGAGGAGGAGCUGAAGCUCAACAGUGAGGACCCGAGGAGCCAUGCAUGGUACCACGGGCCGCUAAGCCGAGAGAGUGCAGAGUCUCUGCUGGAGAGGGACGGGGACUUCCUGGUCCGUGAUUCAAGCUCCGCCCCUGGUGACUAUGUUUUGAGCUGCUACUGGAGGGACGAGCCCAUGCACUUUAAGAUCAUUCGGGUGGUCUUACGACCCAAGAAGGGCUACUCCAGGGAGCUGUUCCAGUUUGAGGAGGAUCGCUUUGACAAUGUUCCCGCUCUGAUCCACUUCCAUGUGGGGGGGCGUAAACCCAUAUCCCAGGCCUCAGGCGCUGUGGUCUUUCACCCAAUCACACGGACCCUCCCUCUGCGUGUCAUCAGUGAGCGCCAGGCGGAGCGUGGCACCAGCAGUAAUGGGGGUCCAGGAGGAGAGAAACGCUCAGAGCACAGCAAGAGACUCAGUUUCAGCUCUUCACACGCUGACAUGCUGCAGAUCAACAAUCCACUGCUCAGGAGUGGAAGUCAGCCUGCUAACUUGGAGAACUUGGGGCGCAGGCCUUCACUACAGUCUGCACAAUCUGACAGCCACCUGUCGACAGGACUUCCUCAGAGCUGUCAGUCAGAGAAUGCUGGCCCCGCCCCCAUCUCCCCUGUGUUCCGCACAGGCAGUGAACCCUUGCUGAGCCCCCGCCCACGACACUCACGCCCCUCCCAUCCAGGUGGAGGAGUGACUCUGCGAGGCUCAGAUGGACAGCUGCACCCCAGAGCUCCUCCUAAACCCCUUAGGAUCUCUGCAGCCUUCCCCAACGCCACACCGCCUCUGUCUGCACCACCUUGUGACGACCCCUCCUCUUUCUACGAUGAGCUGGUUGUCCAGGUGCCACAGUCUCGGCGGAAGGGCCACGUGGACCGACUGCGUGCGGAGGAGAAGUGGCAGAGCCGUGCACGCCUCACAGAGACCUCCUUCAGCUUUCUGGAGGCACAGAAGGAUGAGGCGGCACCACAGCUGCCUUUCAAGAUGCCGACGCAGAGGGAGGCACCAGGAGACACAGAAGAAUGGCAUUUUGAACGUCCACAUGUGGAGUCAAUUUCGUGUUUCCAGUUGGAUCAGUUUGAGUCACUUCUCUUGCCGGAGAACAACCGGCCUCUGGAGCCGAGCGUCCUGUUGACACUCAAAGAGCUCUUCAACCGUUCAGACGACACCACCACCGCUCUGCACAUGCUCAGUGUUGACUGCCAGGUAGCACGCAUUGUUGGGGUGACGGAUGAGCAGAGGAGGAUUAUGGGAGUUGAAUCAGGGCUGGAGCUUAUCACACUGCCACAUGGACACCAGUUACGACAGGACCUGUUGGAGAGGCAUCACCUAAUCGCACUCGGAGUAGCCGUGGACAUCCUUGGCUGCACAGGGACGGUGGGUCAGAGGGCAACCGUUUUACAUAAAGUCAUUUCUUUGGCUCAGGCGCUGAAGGAACAAGCCCAUGACCUCUUCUCUUUCUCAGCUGUGAUGAAGGCUCUGGAGAUGCCUCAGAUUACUCGGUUGGAGAUGACAUGGCGAGCACUGAGGAGGAACCACACAGAGAGCGCUGUUUUGUUUGAGAAGACCCUCAAACCCUUCAUGAACUCUCUGAAUGAGGGAGAUGACUCUGUAGUCCAGGGUCCAGUAGCCAUGCCACACCUGGUGCCCCUGCUGAUGCUGAUGGAGGGUGAGGACCCGGUUGAGAACAGCGAGCGUGGCUGUCAGCUUCUCUACGACGUUCUCCAGUCAGCACGUAAUGCUGCGCUGCACGCCCCAGAUUACCAAAAACACGCACAUUCCCUGCUUUCAGGAGGAUGGGAGCCCGUCCCUGAGCUGCUGGAGGCGUUCCGGACGGAGUUUGCCUUGCGGCUGUUCUGGGGUCAGUCUGGAGCGGAGGUGGACAGACAGGUCCGCUAUGAAAAGUUUGACAACAUUCUGUGUGUCCUCUCUGAUAAACUGGAGCCUGUUGAGGCAACCCCACUCCACCCUCAAUCCUGAAGCUUCAGCUAUCAUGUUGACCCUCAGGGCCUGUUUUAUUACGUUUUCACUUCAAGGCGCAGUUGGCACUUUUUUCACUAGAGGACAGUAUGACACAAAGAUGAAAAGGGAAACAUUUUCUGGCUUGCGAUGGAUGCCGAACCCCUUGAGAUCUGACCACUGAGCUCCAACUGGCCUUGAGGGCGAACUCUCAUCCAACUACAGAUAAAGGAACAGCUCCAUGUGGCAAGGGCCUUGUGGGAAGUGGAAUAACAUUUGGAGUGAGUUGGCCCUGGGUGGACCCUCAGAGUACAAAGGUCUGUGCUCCUGUGUGACCUUUUUAUUCUUUUUUUUUUUUUUUUUUUUUUUUUUUUCAGGAAACCAGACAGGUAGCUUCCAAGUGUUUACUUUUCACCAGACUUGGAUCAAACAGGAUUUGCAAAUAGUUUCUUGUUUUGCCAUGUUUGCUUUGUUCUGCUUAAAGGGCCAGAUGCAUGGAGUUUGUCACUUGACACUAAGCACCAGGCCAAUUUAGUCCAAUCAGCGACUGUUGUGUGAAAGCUACUAAAAUACAAUUCUGUGAAUGAUAAAUCAAUUAUUCAACGGCAGAAUUGUACUAAAAGGCAAACC